AUGUCAGACUAUGAAGAACACUAUAUUAUUGCUCCUUGGGUUGGUCCUUCGUGUUACAAAAAUAGUUUAACUGUCGCAGUACUUUCUUCAAACGGAGAUAUUAUUGAAAGUUUAUCAGAAGCAAUUAUUGAUGUUCAUACAAAAGGGAACUAUAGAUGGAAGUUGGUGGUACUACGUUCCUUUAACCUGGAAGAUAUCGUGAGACAAUCAGAUUUAACAGGCCGAUUAGCGAUAGACUUUGUUGUGAUCGCAAUAGAUACGAGUAGAAUAUUCUGUAUAGAAUGGGCAAAAAAAGUGCUUGAACAGGUUCAUCCCGACCUUAGAAUUCGCCGUGUUGUAAUUGUGAAUGCAAGUGACCUUCCUGUUAAUGCGAUGGCUAUCAACGCAAGUGAAGUUAUUACAUUCUGUUCAGAAAACCGACUUGAAAUGUUAAAUGGAAGUGUUUCUAAAUUUGAAGAUGCUCAGUUUCUUGCUCGCAGAUUAUUGAAAUAUCUUGAAGUGACUCUUGGUGUAAAGACUGGUAUUCCUAAUUUAAAUAUUUGAUGUAAGGAGCAUGUCCAAGUGAUGCAUAUAAAUAAUAAAAAAGAGUAAACAAUUGCAACUACAUAA